GGCUUGCCUGAUAAGGCCUUAUCUCCAACAACAUCUACCACAUAGUACAUCUUCCUGUUCCUCGCAAUCAGUCAGGGACAAAACUGUAAACAGCGCAUACAAAGACCGGCACAACCUGCAUCGAAGUAGGUCAUGGAUGUGAUACAACGACCACCUCAGGAUUCAUCUCCUCACGGCCCGCCAGAUUUGCGAAGAGCUCCAAUCGCAUGCCGGCGCUGCCGCCGCCUUCGAGUCAAAUGUCGCCAUAAGGAGGCUCAACCUCCGUGUGAGUCGUGCAGUCGCACCGGUCACGUUUGCGUUUUUCCACGACGCGGAGAACCCGAUUUCGAUCGUGCUUAUCGUCAUGAGCGAAGUCAGAAGAAAGGUGACUCGGUUCGUCAGAGCCCAGAAAUCACGGAACGAUUAGAUUACCAACGCAACAUUGACAUGCACGACCCUUUCUUCACAGCAAUUGAGCCUCGCGUCGAAGAGACUACAUCUCCUCAAGGACCUCAGACUCAUGAUCCUAGCAGCAACGCUUCAUCAUUCACAGAACGCUGGAAUCUACUGCCACCAUUUGAAGAGGUGGUGGAAGGAUGUGAAGUAUUCAUCACCUCAUACUUCCAGCUCGGAUUUCUGCCAAAGACCAGAUUUUUCGAGCGUUUACGAAAGAAAAAGGAAGAUGUCAGUGUCUUCCUACUCCUGAGCAUCCUGAGUAUUUCGGCAAGGUUCACGCCCAGUCUUAUUAGACGCUAUGGCAAUGGUCAGGAUGCCACCAAUGCUUUCCUAGAGAGCGCCGCUGGGAUGGUCUUGGAUUAUAUGUACCAGCCGAGCCUUGAAACAAUUCAGGCAUUUUUCUUGAUGAGCCUGGCUGAAUGGGGCAAAGGCGACAAGGAUCGCAGCUCUACGCACAUGGGCAUCGCAGUACGAAUGGCAGGAACAUUACGACUGCACAGAGAAGAGACCUAUUACCUUCCAGAGAAUGCGACCGCCGACAACGUUGUGGACGCCGAAGUGGCCAGGAGGACGUUCUGGAUGCUGGAAAAUCACGACAAUCUACAUUCAGGGUUCAAUUCUCCUGUAUAUUUCUCGCUUGGAGAUAUCACGACACUGUUACCCUGUGAAGAGCGCGAGUUUGCUUUUGGUCUGGCACCAAGGGAGCGUGCUGCAUUGAUGGGGACAAGUCCAGCAGUCAAGGAUUCCCAGCUCACAAAGUCGUCUUCUCGUUCACUCUUUGCAACAUUGAUCCAGUCGCACAACCUGUGGGGCCAGAUCGCACGUCGGGUCGCAAAGAACGAGAUCAACCAAUCUCAGAUUUCGAAUCCGAUUGUGGACACGACUUUGAGCGAGGAUGGUUAUGCUCACCUCACGAUGCUGUUGAAAGAUUUCGAGGACUACCUUCCUGACCAACAUCGUUGGUCGACCUGGAAUCUACGUGGGUACAAGGCAGAGGGCCUCGAACUAGCCUAUCUAUCUGUUGUAAUGAUGAUCAGGCUGAGCAACAUCAUUCUUCGACGAAGCUAUGUUCAGGGACCCCGCGGCGUUGAGAUUCCACGAGCUUCUCAGACUGCGAACGAGACAUUCGAAGCGACAAUGUCUGAUCGCGAUGCGACAAUUGAGCGUGAGUUGUUUGACAACCUGGUGGUCCUUCACAGUCAGAUCCAGGCAUACUUUGCUCUUCGGUCUCCUAACCAGGGGUUUCCAGCUUUCGUCGUGUUUUGCAUAUAUAUCUGUGGAUCACUAGCCAAUUAUCUGUGCAGAAGCACCACACUGCCAGGCAAUGUCAGAGAUGCAGGAUCGAGAAGCUUGGUGAUUCUAGAGACUUCGACAAAGAUGCUGAGCGACCUUCAAGAUGCCUGGCCAAUGGCAAAACGUUGGUGUGACGCUCUAGUCAAGGCGUACCAAAAUCAUGCAGCUGCUGCAAAAGAAGCAGACCGCCCCCUGCAGCCCCAAAUAAUCCAGGCUGAUACGGAUCAUUUGGAAGCAAGCAGGCGGUCAACGAGCCACCAUGGUGGAACUCCCCCUGUGAUUUCGCCCUUGGCCAGGGAAUUUGGCCUAGACAAUACUGGCGUCUUUGGGUGCAGCGACGCUGGAAUGAACGAUUUUAUGCUGGCUGAUAUGCCUCAGUUACAGGACCCUUGGACCCACGGAUUUCCAGACGUCUCUCUCACGGACGACUUGGAUUCGGAAUUGGCACUAUAUCUUUGGCCAGGGGGUGACCUGUCGUCAACUUGAUGGGCGUGCCAGAACUCCCUAAAUCAUAGCAAACCGCCUAUAUG